GUAGAAAUAGACGAAAACGUUGGUCACACCGACAAUAACACGAAAUACUCUUUAUUCGAACGACACCGGGAUCUCUCGUUCAGUAGAUCACCAGCCUUACUCCGACGUUUAUUACGAAUUAUUCGGUGACUCGGUGACAACUACUUUUUGACUUUUCUGUUGCGUGUGGAAAAAAGGAAAUUCUGUUGGAAGAACCAAAGAAAAAAGCGCUUACGCGAACGAAGUGAAUUUUUUUACUUUAAAAAACGCAAUCUAAAUUACAACUCUAAUUAAAAAUUAAAUAAUUUAAAAAAAAAGAAAAACCAAAAUCAACAUGUCUUCAUCACAAGCUGUACGUACUUCAAAAUACUCUUAUAGAGCCACCUCCACUGGACCCGGUGUUGAGAACAUCAACAUUGAAUAUACUGCCGAUAUGAGCGCCCUCCACCGUCUUGAGGAUAAAAUCCGUUUGCUCCAGGAUGAUCUUGAAGCUGAACGUGAAUUGCGCCAAAGGAUUGAACGCGAGAAAGCCGACCUCAGUGUCCAAGUCAUUCAGAUGUCUGAACGUCUUGAAGAAGCCGAAGGUGGUGCUGAACAUCAAUUCGAAGCUAACCGCAAACGUGAUACCGAAUUGUUGAAAUUGCGUAAAAUGCUCGAAGAUGUCCAUUUGGAAUCCGAAGAAACCACAAUGAUGCUUAAGAAGAAGCACAACGAAAUCAUUGCCGACUUCCAAGAACAAAUUGAAAUUCUUACCAAAUCGAAGAGCAGAGCCGAAAAAGAAAAGGCCAAAUUCCAAGCCGAAAUCUAUGAAUUGCUUAGCCAAAUCGAAUCCUUCAACAAGGAAAAGAUCAUGUCCACCAAGCACAUUGAAAAAUUGGAAGUUAGCAUUACCGAAUUGAAUGUUAAGAUCGAAGAGCUCAACCGCACCGUCAUCGACAUUACCUCGCACAAGACUCGCCUCUCGCAAGAAAACCUUGAAUUGACCAAGGAUGUCCAAGAUCUCAAGUCACAAUUGGACACCGUCUCAUUCUCCAAGAGCCAGGUCAUCUCCCAAUUGGAAGAUUGCCGUCGCCGUUUGGAAGAUGAAGACCGUCGUCGCUCAAUGUUGGAGUCCUCCCUUCAUCAAGCUGAAACCGAUUUGCAAUCGCUUCGCAUUCAACUUGAAGAAGAAACCGAGGCCCGCAUAGACUUGGAACGUCAGUUGGUCAAGGCCAAUGGUGAUGCUGCCUCCUGGCAAAACAAAUACAAUGCCGAGGCAGCAGCUCGUGCUGAGGAGUGCGAGGAAAUCCGUCGCAAAUACCAAAUUCGCAUCACCGAAUUGGAAGAACAUUUGGAAUCUUUGGUUGUCAAGCUCAACAAUUUGGAGAAACAAAAGACCCGCUUGGCCAGCGAAGUUGAGGUCCUCAUUAUCGAUUUGGAGAAAUCUAACAACACCUGCCGCGAAUUGCAAAAGUCUGUCAACACUUUGGAGAAGCACAAUGUUGAAUUGAAGAGCCGCUACGAAGAAACUAUUGUCUUGUACGAGAACAGCCAACGCGACUUGAAGAACAAGCAAUUGGACUUGCAACGUACCGUCCAUGAAUUGGACAAGGUUAAGGAUGCUAAUAACCAAUUGGGACGUGAGAACAAGAAAUUGGGAGAUGAUCUCCAUGAUGCUAAGGGUACAAUCAAUGAAUUGAACCGUCGCAUGCAUGAAUUGGAAUUGGAAUUGCGUCGCUUGGAAAAUGAACGUGAAGAAUUGAGCGCUGCCUACAAGGAAGCCGAAGCUGGUCGCAAGGCUGAAGAACAACGUGCUCAACGUGUUGCUGCCGAUUUCAACCAAUACCGCCAUGAAGCCGAACGUCGCAUCGCCGAGAAGGAAGAAGAAGUUGAACUUAUCCGCAAACAAACUUCCAUUGAAAUUGAACAAUUGAAUGCUCGCGUUGUCGAAGCCGAAACCCGUUUGAAGACCGAAGUCCAACGCAUCAAGAAGAAGUUGCAAAUCCAAAUCACCGAAUUGGAAAUGUCCUUGGAUGUUGCCAACAAGACCAACAUCGACUUGCAAAAGGUUAUCAAGAAACAAUCUUUGCAAUUGACCGAAAUCCAAGCCCACUACGAAGAUGUUCAACGCCAAUUGCAAUCGACCUUGGACUCGUAUGCCGUUGCCCAACGUCGUUUGGCCGCCAUGAACGGUGAAUUGGACGAAGUCCGUUCGCAAUUGGAUAGCGCUCAACGUGCCAAGCGUACCGUUGAAUUGCAAUUCGAGGAGGCCAAUACCCGUAUCAAUGAAUUGCACGUUGCCAAUGUCAACUUGGUAUCGACCAAAUCGAAAUUGGAACAAGAAUUGAGCGUUAUCUCAUCGGACUAUGAAGAAGUUAGCAAGGAAUUGCGCAUCAGUGACGAACGUUACCAGAAGGUUCAAGUUGAACUUAAGCACAGCAUUGAACAAAUCCAUGUUGAACAAGAGCGUAUUCUUAAAUUGGAAACCAUCAAGAAGUCCUUGGAAGUUGAAGUAAAGAACUUGUCCGUUCGCUUGGAAGAAGUUGAAUUGAACGCCGUUGCCGGUAGCAAGCGCAUCAUCAGCAAAUUGGAAGCCCGUGUACGCGAUUUGGAAUUGGAAUUGGAAGAAGAAAAGAGAAGACACGCCGAAACCAUCAAGAUCUUGAGAAAGAAGGAACGCACCGUCAAGGAAGUCAUGGUACAAUGCGAAGAAGAUCAAAAGAACAUUAUGUUGUUGCAAGAAGCCUUGGACAAGUCCAAUGCUAAAUUGCAAAUGUUCAAGCGUCAAAUGGUUGAACAAGAGGGUGUUUCUCAACAAACCAUUACCCGCGUACGCCGUUUCCAACGUGAAUUGGAAGCCGCCGAAGAUCGUGCCGAAAAUGCCGAAACCAAUUUGAACAUGAUCCGUGCCAAGCACCGCACCUUUGUCACCACCUCCACUGUUCCCGGUUCCCAGGUCUACAUCCAAGAAACCACAAGAACGAUCACCGAAUAAAUUAA